AUGACCUCUAUCAACCCCGUUAUCCCUAUAGUUCGAAUGCCGCAGCAGGCGUCGGCCCACACCCAGGACGAGGACUGGACGGGCAUCACCGAUCGGACCGAGCGCAGGAGGCUGCAGAACCGGCUCAAUCAGCGAGCACUACGUAUGCGAGAUACCCUGUCGGAUAAGAAGCUUCUCCGGUGCAGCUUCGAUUCGCCGGACAUGCUUCGGCUUUUUGCGCAGAUGGAAGCCGCCGCCGCCUCCCUUAGCUCGGGAGUCAAUUCUCUAAAUCUCGACCACCUGAUCACUUUACCCAAGAUCAAUGUCCACCGCGCCAUUGUCGACAAUGUCUGUAGUCUCGGGAUGUCGAUGGAAUGGAUGAAAGCAGACGAGUCCAUCUCAAUUUUCAACGUGACCAUGCCCGCGUCCGUGUCUGGGCCGGUCAACUACCCACACAUCCCGCUCGAUCUGCAGCCAACCGUCGUCCAAAGACAAGUUCCGCAUCAUCCGUGGCUGGACUUCUUCCCCUCCCCGACAUUGCGAGAUAACCUCAUUCUGCUGCAGGAUCAGAUUGAUGAUGAUGACUUGUGUCGUGAUUUGACGGCUUUUUCGGACGCGCGUAUUGAGCGAGCGGGAUUACUGGUCUGGGGCCCAUCCUGGCAGACAAGUAGUUGGGAGGUCACCGAAACAUUCUUGCGUAAAUGGGGAUUCUUGUUGUAUGGGUGUACUGCAUUGUUACAAAGUACCAAUCAUUGGAGGGUACAGAGGGGAGAGAGGCCCCUGGUGUGGAGAGACUACUUUUUUCCACAACAUCCUUUACAUCAGCUAUUACGAAACAAGAGACAAGGAUUUAUAUAUCCUUCUUGA